AUGGGCAACACGACGAGUGCUGUCCUGGACAACAUUGUCCAGGGGACGAACUUCGACCGGGAGGAGGUCGACCGCAUAAAGAAGCGGUUCAUGAAGCUCGACAAGGACAACUCAGGAACGAUUGAGCGCGACGAGUUUCUGAGCCUCCCGCAGAUUGCGUCGAACCCGCUAGCGACCAGGAUGAUUGCGAUCUUUGACGAGGACGGCGGCGGGACGGUGGACUUUCAGGAGUUCGUGUCCGGGCUCAGCGCGUUCUCGUCCAAGGGCAACAAGGAGCAGAAGCUCAAGUUUGCCUUCAAGGUGUACGACAUCGACCGGGACGGCUACAUCAGCAACGGCGAGCUCUUUAUCGUGCUCAAGAUGAUGGUGGGCAACAACCUGAAGGAUCAGCAGCUGCAGCAGAUUGUGGACAAGACGAUCAUGGAGGCCGACCUGGACCAGGACGGCAAGAUCAGCUUUGAGGAGUUCACCAAGAUGGUGGAGAAUACGGACGUCAGCAUAAGCAUGACUCUUGACCAUUUCUAG